AUGAAGGUCCAGUUCUCCAUCGCCAUGUGCCUUACGCUCCUCGCCGCUGCUUCGGCGACGCACGCCAACUGCGACAUGGAUCCGGCGACCAAGGCUCCGACACCGUCCGUGACGCCCGUGCCGUCGUCCGCAACGCCCUCGGUGGCGCCGACGACGAAGGCGCCAGCGACCACUUGCGGCAACUGCAAGAAUUGCUACUCCCCGAGCAACGGCCUUUGCCACGGCGACUGGACGCUCGCCAACUGCAAUGCGAACCCGCACUACGUCUGGUGUGGUGAGCCCGGCUAUUGCGGCACGUGCCGCGGAUGCCAAACGGCUUCUGGUUGCAUCGAUAACUGGAAAAAGUCCGAUUGUGACGCUCACAUGGCCAACGGCUUUGUCUGGUGCGGUGCCAUCGCCAAGUAG